AAGAGGACCCAAUGUAACGACUCUGCUUCUGUGUCUGAUGUGCUCUCCAGUGAUCUGGUGAACGGCCUGGUGCUGCUGAUGAACAGUAACAUCAGCAGUCCAGUCAAUCUGGGGAACCCAGAGGAACACACCAUAUUGGAGUUUGCGCGUCUCAUCAAAAGUCUCGUCGUGAGCCGAAGUCAGAUCCAGUUCCUUCCAGAGGCCCAGGACGACCCACAGAGAAGAAGACCUGAUAUUCGAAAAGCCAAGAUGUUGCUCGGCUGGGAGCCGGUGGUGCCCCUGGAGGAGGGCUUGAACAAAACUAUCCAGUACUUCAGCAGGGAACUGGAGCAUCAGGCCAACAACCAGUACAUCCCCAAACCUAAAGCCGCCCGCAUGAAGAAAGGAAGACCCAGACACAACUGAGGUCAGGUCUUCCACCGCUGACUCUCCCAAAACACAGCAGGAUGCUGAGACUCCUCAGAGGACCCUUGCUGGUCAACUCUCUGAAAUACACUCCUGGAUAUGGUGUCUAUUUUCAUUUCAGAAGCAGAGACAACUUCCUCUUUCAAAGUGUUGUGUGGCCUCACGUUGGCUGCGCUGCGGGAAAAAGGGGCUUUCCAUACCGGAGCUUGGGUGAUGGAAAUAUGAGGCAAGACAUCGGAAACAGAGCCUACUUUUAUUUCUUGUGAAUUUGUGCUUUUUGUUAUUUAAAUUUAAGAUGUGAGAAUCUUGAAAACAGCUCAAACUGUGCAUCAGUGUUUUGUGUUUAUUUUUGAUCAGUUUCGGGGUGUUUUGUCUCCAGAGAUGCUGUUUCUCCACUGGAUGCUGCGUGGCUGUUGGCUGUUUACGCAGCACACUGCAGGACCGGGCAGUCCCUCUAGAAAGACUGUUACAGCAUCAUUACGCGUUUAUUACAAGUUUAUCAGAAUGUCAUCGUGUUCUAAUUUGUGAAAUCUCAUGUCAGGAUGUGCUGUUAUUAAUUUCAGAUGCUAUUUUAAUAAAAUAUUUCCAAUA